AUGGGAGCACUCAACGGUACUUUACAGGAACCUCUAUCUGCAGAGGAAAAGAAGUUCUAUGGGUCCAUUUUUAAAACAUUGGAUCCGAAGAACACUGGCCUGAUUUCUGGUGGUGUUGCAAAACCUCUACUCGAAGCUUCGGGCCUAAGUCUGCCAAUCUUGGGCGAGAUAUGGAAUCUGAGCGAUUCCGAGAAUGCUGGAUACUUGAACCAGUUCGCAUUUUGUGUGGCAAUGAGAUUGAUUGCACAUGCUCAGAAGGGUGACCCAAUAACGGUGACAAGUGCCAAUUUGGCUGCUCCAAUUGCCAAAUUCAGAACAAUUCAAGUCAACAACACCGGUAGUGGAAUUCUCAAUAACCAUCUUUCUGCCCCAUUGCAAUCUUCACAACAGCAUGGUAACGGUGUUCCACCUCCUCAACCUAGAAUCACCUCUUCAAACUCGGUUCAGUCCUUUGCUUCUCACUCUUCAACUGCCUCCAACCCCUCCCUGGUGGUUCCUGUGUUAUCUUCCAUUCAAGCAGCCAACUUCGGUGCAAUGUUCGAUAAAACUGCAGUUAAUGGAAUCUUACCUGGAGCACAAGCGAAAAACAUCUUUUUGAAAGCCAGACUACCGAUUCCUAUUUUAGAACAAAUCUGGAACUUGGUGGAUCAAAAGGAAGCUGGCCAAUUGACCAGACCCCAAUUUAUUAUUGCGAUGCAUCUUAUUCAGUGUUUUAUGAACAAAUCGUUGACUAUUCUUCCUACUGUUCUAUCUAACCAGUUAUGGAAGGUUGCAGGAGGCAAUCCUGCAUCUGCUGAUACUAACCGUCAACCUACCAAUCUCCAAUCCGUAGCUUCACCACCUCCACGCACCCACUCUCAAGUAGUACCUCCACCGCAUCCACAACAUGCACAAACAGCUCCAUUGAACCAACAACUUUCUGGUGGUAAUGUGGUGGCAUCUCCAACUACCAAUUUGAACACUUGGAUUAUGUCAAGUCAACAAAAAAGUCAGUACGGGGCUAUCUUUGACACUUUAGAUACAACACACGAAAGCUCAAUCUCAAGCAGUACCGUAGCCAACUUUUUGAUGACAUCAAAAUUACCAAAUCAAGUCUUGGCAAAUAUUUGGGAGCUGGCCAACUUGGACCAGUCAGACAACUUCACUAAACAGGAGUUUUCAAUUGCAAUGUAUCUCGUACAAAAGAAACUUGCCGGCUACGAAUUACCCGAGGAGACUCCUUUGGAAUUGGUCCAAAGCUCUUCCUUCAACGAAGCACCAAUUCACCCUUCUCAAUUCACACAGCCUCCUCAAUCUUUUGCUUCAGCAAAAGCUAUGGCUGCACCUCAGAGAACGCCUUCUCACAUGGACGAUUUGCUAGGAAUUUUCCAAACUGCAUCUCCUGUUGCUGCAGCCCCAGCACCUUUAUCACAAGGCCCUUCAAAUGGGGGACAGCACUUGAAUCAUUCUCAAACCUUACCUCCUCCUGCCCCUUCUUCAAGACUUUCUACAAAUCUCACUGGCUCUCACUUUACUCCAACAACAGAGUUUGGAAGGGGACUCCAAAAAUCUGUUGCUGAAGAAGAUGAAGAAUCUUCAGACGACGAUGAUGGUCCUGAAAACUUGGACUUACCAAGAGUUAGAGGUGCACCACCUGCUAUCCCUGGUCGCUCCAACAAACCAAAUUUCGACUCAGAGGUUGGUAGACCAACUUCUAAUUACGAUGCAAUAAAACAGGUAUCUAAUGACCCAACUUCUAUGUUUUCGAACCAACCUGCAUCUAACGGCCUCGGCGGUUUCACCAACUCAGCAAUUUCUCAAUCAGCUUCUUCUGUCCCAACUGCAGCAACAAUUAGUGGAUUUUCGAAUUCAGCACCAGCAACCGAUAGAGCUUUUACUGAUCAAAUUACUCAAGCAAGUGUUGAUAUCGCAAAUUACUCCAACCAAGUAGCUUCAUUAUCCAGGCAAACGUCUGUUGUUAGUGGUAAAAAAGAUAAGGCACAAAAUGAGCUGAAUAAAAUUUUGAAGAAGAAGGAGGAAAUUUUGGGCAAACUUUCCCAGUUGAAAGCGCUACAUGAAAAGGAGAACCAGCAAGUUUACGAGGUUCAAAAUGUGAUGAUCAAAUCCAAAGCCGAAUUGGAUGAGUUGGAAAAAGAACUUUCUAUCAAUGAAGCAAACUACCAUGCUGAGCAAACCAAAAAAGAACAAUUACAGGCUGAAUAUGAAGAGUCUCAAAAAAACAAUCAGAUGUUGAAAGAACAAUUGGGUACUCUAAAUGCAGAAAACAUUGAUUUGAGGAACCAGAUAGAAGAUUUAAGCGGCAAGGUGAAACAAUCAAACAACAUGUUGGCUGUUACCCAGCAGCAAGUUGCCACUCAAGACGCACAAAAUGAAGAGCUAAGACAAAGAGUCUCCGAAUUGAAUAACACUAUUUUUCAAAUUCAUUCCAAGCAUGAAUCAUUGUUACAUAAGAUUGCUGGACUUAAUGAUGAAAAUUUAGGACUACAUGAACAGCAUACUGAUCUAUCUAUCCAGUCGGCAAAUAAAAAUGUUGAAUACAGUGAGGCGCUUGCCGAAGCUGCUAAUAAAGGUGUAAUUGGCGAUGAUUUUGAAGCCGAAGAUGCCAAUGGAGAAAUACCAACAGCCAGCUUAGACGAUUUUGAUGAAGAAUUUGGAGUUGAGUCGAAGGCGUCCCAAUCAGAACAAUUAAAAACUAAAGCGCCCGAUUCUCCAGGAACGACUACUGAUACUGUAAUGUCCAAGCAAACGGAUACAACCAAUCCAACCCAAACUGCAUCUGACAGUUCAGCUACUACAACUGGACAACAAUUCUCAUUACCAUUUGGAACUCCACACUCAGAAACUUCCUCGACUCGAAAUAAUCCAUCACAAUCUGAAAGAGGCGAUCUUGACGCAUCUCCAACUUCAACUAUUGAACAGACUGGUCCUUUGAGCUCCCAGAUUUUACCUGAAGGUACUGUCAGUGAAGCUGGCGACUCCGCUUCAAGCCAGGAAAAAAGUGAAUCGUUUGAGAUGAUCAAUCACCCAGUUGACACAUCAAAAGUAUCACCAGAUUCGCCAUCAGUCGAUACAACUCCAAGCGAGACAAACAAAGAAUUACCAGUUGCUGCUUCAUCUAGCAUGGCAGCUGCAGUAACUGCAGCUGGUUUUACUGGCCCAGUACGCUACCCUUCCGCAUCUGGCCAAACUUCAGAAGUUGAGACCCUAUCAGACACACCACAUGAUCAUCCAAAUCAGACUCCGGAACUCGACGAAUUUCCACCUAUCCAAGAGCUGGAGCCUUUGGAUGAUGGUGAUUCUUCAAGUAGUGAUGAAGACAAUUUCCAAGAUGCUCAUGUUUCGAGCGAUUUACAGCUUGCAAAAGGAGUAGCUGUAACUGAGGACUCGAAGAAUCCAUUUAAUAAACAACAAAACGGGUCUGAUGAAAUGCAACCACCUGUAAACGCUGCAACAGGUCCAUCAAUGUUUGAUGAUUUGGGACUUGAAGAGGCUCAAGUUGAAGAUUCUGCAGAUGCUUUCGACUCUCCAGAAAUGAGCGGCGGAGCAUUUAGUAACAUUGGAUUCACAUACGCGGGUAACGAUCCUAACACAGGACUUGCCAAUGCAACAACUAAGACUGUCGAAAGUGCAGAUAAGGUAGCACCGGCUAUCGCCAAAUCAAGCAAGUCGAAAGCUGUUGCAGCAGAUAGUGAUGAUUGGGAACAAGUUUUUGCUGGAUUUGGUAAUGAUCCACAUUUGCAACCUGCCUCGGUGGAAGAAGGCAAUACUAGUUAUGACUCGCAUUUUCAACAGCCUGCUGUAUUUGGAUUCAGUGCUGCUAAUGAAGGUGCCGACGGGAACUUUUCAAAUGGGUUGAGCCAGAUUGUCGAUAGCGACAUCGCUAAAGCCAAGGGUGAGUUUCACUCUAAGUUUUCAGAGGCUCAACAAUUGGCAGUCGAAGAGCUUUCUGAUAUGGGAUUCGAGUCACAAGAUGCAAUCGCAGCUCUCAAGCUGAAAAAUUGGAACAUUGAUGAUGCAAGUAAUUAUUUAUUAGACAAGUCAUGA